AUGGCGUCAUCGACACAGGUCAAAAGAGGGACCGAGGUCAUCACUGUACAACCAAGGGAAACGGUAUUGACUGCAUUUCCCUACAGACCUCAAAUUACUCUGCUGGAUUUCCUGAAAGGAGAGCCAGAGGUUUUGGCAACUGUCCAGAUUCUGCUUGCUCUAAUCAUUGCGGGCAUCGGAGCUAUAUUUGCAUUUAAUUAUGCCAAAUUCUUCCACCUCUUUCCUCUCGUUUUCUUCGUAGGAUAUCCAUUCUGGGGAUCGUUUACUGGACAAUGUGUUGUGGCCAUGAAUAUUAUCAGUUCCUUGGUGGCAGUAGCUGGGAUUACUAUCACAAUCAUCAGCUAUAAAGAUCAGCACGAGAACUGCAGACAGCCGUCCCUGGCAGGAAUGUGUGUCAUAGGCAGAACACUUUUAGUUGGAAUUUUGUCAGUCUUACUGAUCACCAGCAUCGUAGAGUUGAGCAUCUCUGUGACGGUCAUAUCCUUUAGAAACAAGUGCUGGACAAAGUCAAACGAGAUUGUGUUUUUCUUACCUUCGGAUAUUACUCAAAAUAAUGAACUACAUGUCCCAGAAGCAAAUGCCCAGUUACAAUUUGAGCUUCAAGAAGAAUCUUCCAGUGAUGAAACAAGAACACACAUGCAUACUGCUUUCUUCGGGGGCUAUGCUUUCUUCAAAUUAAGAGUCUCAGGAUGUUCCUUGGGCUUCCAACCCACACAACAGCCACAGAGAAGCAAGGAAAGUUACCACGCAGCUUCUGAAUCUUUGCCAGGUGAUCACCAGAAAAAUAUCCCACAACCUUUAGAAUUUUUACAGGAAGAAGUUGAACUGAAACCUUUGCCUCCCACAUCACAGACAAAGCCCUCAGAAAGUACUAUGAACAUUCAGCAAGGCAAUUCAUUUGAGCAACUGGAAGCUGAAGACCUACAAUCUGCUAUAAGACAGCCCUCAAAAAUUCAAACCCAAUUACCACAGGCACAAGACUUGUCACUACAUGUUUUUCCAACCCAUUCUGCAGAAUCCCAUGUCCAAAAAGCCCAAGAUUUAUCAUCCAAAGACUUGUCAUCUGAUCAAGUUCUACAGUCCCAAGCCCUGCAGUUUGGAGACUCAAAAUCCAAUUCCUUUGGGUCCCAUUUCUCUAAAACACAGAUUUUGACAUCUCAACGUGGGUUAUCCCAAGACCGUCCAUCCCAAGAUCUGCCAUUCCAAGAUACGCCAGCACAAGACAUGCCAACCCAAGACAUGUCAGCACAAAACAUGCUAUCACAAGACAUGCUAUCCAAAGCCUUGACACACCACUCUACACAGUUCUUCAGUUCACUAGAUUCAGGUCAGCAGUCCUCAGACCUUCAAUCACAAGACAUUCAACUUCAAGACCAGAAAAUUAAGGACCUAUCGUUUCAAGACAUGCAAUCAGAAGUCAUGUCACUGACCCAAGAAUGGAAAUCAGAAGAUGAACUCCAUGCCAGAAAAUCCCCAAAGCGGCUUUCCCUAAUCCAGCAAAUCAAAGCCUGGCAAUCUCCAAAGCAGAAAUCACUUGAUGAGCAAAGCCAAGGCCAGCCAUCCCCAAAGCAGAAAUCCUUAGACUGGCUAAGCAAAGACUGGCAACCCCCAAAGAAGCAAUAUCCAAAUUGGCAAGCUAUUGACACACAAGACCAAGAUAUGCAACACUCCGAUCAGCAAGCUGAAGACCAGCAGGCCCAAGAGAAGCAAUCUACAAAGCAGCAACCCCAAAGUGGAAAAGAUGAAGGUCAGCAAGCUGAGGAGAAAUCCUCAAAGGAAGAAACCCAAGAUCAGCAAUCUGAAAACCAACAGGCCCAAGAAGAGAAAUCCCCACUGGGACAAUCCCAAGAUUGGCAACCCAAAGCAGAGAAAGCUCAAGAGAAGAAAACUCCAAUGCAGCAAUCCCCAGAUUGGAAAACUCAAAUCCAGCAAUACCAAGGCUGGCAGUACCAAGACUGGAGAACUCAAGGCUGGAGAGGCAAAGACUGGAAGCCACAAGAAUGGCAAUUUAAAGAGCAGCAUCACCUACAAUGGGAAUCCCACACCUGGCAAGCCCAAAAUCUAGUAGAGAAAGAAGCCCUAAAGCAGAAAGCUCUAUACCAAGAGGCCCAAACCCAGCAUGCCAUAGCCCAACAUAACCUAGACUGGCAAGGACAAAAUGUUCCAUUUCAAGACAGUCAAGAUCAAGAUGAGCACCAACAAAACCUUCAAGCCAGAGUUACACAAAAAGAAGGUAUGCAAAAAGACAGCAUACAAACAACAGAUGUCAAACCGAGGGGCAUAGAAUCCACAGACCAAAAACCAAUGGACCCACAAUCAGAAAACAUAAAUCUAAAUUUUCCUUCUACCUCCUGCCAAAGCUCUGUACAAGACACAUAUUCCAACUGCUUGUCCAGUUUAAGGUCAGAACAAGAUGUGCAACAAAACCUUUCAACUUGCUCAAGUUCAUACAAAGAAGAUCUGAGUCUAAGUGCUACCUCGUAUUGUCCAAAGGAUGGCCAGCAAUCCAAAGACUCAAAAUAA